CUUACCUUUAUAAAUUGUGGGGAUGCUUGGGUUAACUAGGGAGACCAUUCUGAAUAUGUGAUUUUAUUGAUGCUUGAUUUUUGAAAUUUUGUUGAUGAUUUUGUUCUGAAGGUUUUUUUGUUUUAUUUGAAUAAAUAUAAACAUGAGGGGCAGAACUAAUUCUGGAGUGAGAUUGGACUAUUACCAUAGGAUUGUUAUGAAAACAAUCAUGGCCCAUCAAAAUCCUGUAACAGGAUUGUUUCCAGCUGGCCUUAAUUAUGAUCAUGCUUGGAUUCGUGACAAUGUAUACACAAUUCUUUGUGUUUGGGGUCUUUCGAUGUCAUAUAAAAAGAUGGCAGACAUGGAUGAAGAUAGAGCAAAAACAUAUGAACUUGAACAGUGCUGCGUCAAACUUAUGAGAGGUCUUUUGAUGUGUAUGAUGCGACAAAAGGACAAGGUUGAGAAAUUCAAAAUUACACAAAACCCAACUGAUUCCUUACAUGCUAAGUUCAGUUCAACUACUGGAGAAAGUGUUGUCGGGGAUGAAGAAUGGGGUCACUUACAAAUUGAUGCUGUCUCUUUAUAUCUGCUGAUUCUCGCUCAGAUGACGGCUUCAGGACUUCAGAUUGUAUUUAGCCUUGAUGAAGUUGCCUUUAUUCAAAAUUUAGUUUUCUACAUUGAAUCUGCAUAUUGUAUUCCAGAUUAUGGUAUAUGGGAAAGAGGAGACAAAGCAAACCAUGGUCUUCCAGAACUUAAUGCUAGUUCAAUAGGAAUGGCUAAGGCAGCAUUAGAAUCGAUGAAUGAACUUGAUUUGUUUGGUGCUAGAGGUGGUCCUUCAUCAGUGAUUCAUGUUCUGACUGACGAAGCACAGAAGUGUCAAGCUGUGCUAUUGUCGAUGCUGCCUCGGGAAUCUACGUCUAAGGAGCUUGAUAGUGGGCUUUUGUCUAUAAUCAGUUUUCCAGCAUUUGCUGUAGACGAUCCAAAUCUUAUCAACACAACAAGAGAAGCCAUUAUCAAUAAAUUAUCAGGAAAAUAUGGUUUCAAAAGAUUUCUUAGAGAUGGUUAUAAAACACCCAAAGAAGAUCCUACAAGACUUCAUUACGAACCUUGGGAAUUAAGAGUAUUUGAAAAGAUCGAAUGCGAGUGGCCAUUGUUCUUUUGUUAUUUACUUAUCGAUAGCAUUUUUCAAAAGAAUCCUGAAGAAACCAAGAAAUAUAAUGAUGCCUUAGAAAAGGUGCUUAUAAAAACGGAGGAGGGAAUGAAACUUGUUCCAGAAAUGUAUGCUGUUCGCUCUGAAUUUGCCGAUCCAAAUGAUAGAAUCCCUGUCGGAAAAUGUCCAUUUCUUUGGGCCCAAUCAUUAUAUAUACUUGGAAAGCUAUUGCAAGAUGGCUUUCUAGCAGCGGCAGAGUUAGAUCCUUUGAACAGGAGGUUGUGUUCUGAAAAGAAGCCGGAUGUUGUAGUCCAAGUUGUGAUAUUAGCUGAGAAUAAAGACAUAAGAGAGAAAUUGAAGAAACACGAUAUUGAAGUCCAAACCGUCGAUGAGGUUUCACCGAUCGAAGUACAGCCCGCUCGCGUUCUUAGCCACCUUUAUACUUACCUUGGAAGAAAUGAAAAAUUAGGGCUCAGUGGGAGAAAAAGUCGAGAUGUAGGCAUUCUUAGUACGAGCAAACUUUAUUCUCUUCAAGAUAAAAUAUUCUCAUUCACUCCACAGUUGACUGAUCAGUCCCGUUAUUAUAUUGCAUCCGAUAACGAGCUGAUGAUCGAUAUUUGCAAAUCUGAAAUCAACUUCUUAAAGUCAAGUUGGAAAAACAUCCUUGGCCGCCCAAUGGUUAUUUUAACGCUCAAGACUAUUUACUUAGACGAUGAUAAAAUUCCUGUAGCGAUGAUAACAACACUGAAAAAACUGAAGAGUGGAUAUAUUAAUGGAACAAGGGUAACCUUAGGAUAUCUCAAAGAUUUCUUAAAUACUUCAUGUAUCACCAAUUUAAGCUUUUUGGGUUGUCAAGAAAUUGGAAUGCCAGACAAGUUAAAUCCAGAAGUUCAGAGAUAUUUGGAAAUGAAUAUCAUGAAGUGUUUGUAUUUUCCCUCGAAUUUGCUGUCUACUAGAAAAGGAGAAAGGAGACAUUCUAUAACUAGAAGACUAUCUGUCAAAGGAGCUAUAAAGAAAACUCGAGCUAUUAUCGGAGACAGCGGUGACGUCAUUAUAGCAAGUGAUGAGAGGAGACUGUCUGGAAGUGGAGCCACUCUUCCUGAACUUCCCAAAGUCCCUCAGAGUCCACGAUCUCCCAGUCCUACUCAGACUACCUGGAAACAGUCUAAAAGAAACAGAAUUGGCAAUCCGAACAAUAAAUUGUUUUUGCAUAGACAUUCAUCAGAGGCACAGUACGCUUCGACCGAAGUCGAAGAACUGUUCACGAUGUUGAGAGAAUCUGAAAAUUUAGAAGAACAAGGCGAUAUUUUACAAUAUCUGAUCGAUACACAAGGAAUGGAUUUUAAAACAGGAAUUAUGGAAAGAGGUGAAUCAGUUACCUUAAGAGACUUAUUGAAAGUACUUUACGAUAAAGCAUGCCAGCAAAAGAUGUGGGGUCUAGUGCGCCAUACGGGCGGAAUCCUAGGAAAGCGAGUCGAAGAUCUCGCUAAAGCUGUCACUGAUUUAUUGGUCCGACAGAAGCAGGUAACAGUAGGAAUGCCACCUUUCAACGAACAGACUAUAACCGCUCCUCUUCCUGAAAAUGAAUUGCGACAACUCAUCCAUUUGGCUUAUGGUGACGAUGAAAGUACUGGAAUGCUUAGCCAGGAAUUGUUGGUCUACUUAGCAAUGUUUAUCCGAACUGAACCUAUGUUGUUUAAAGAAAUGUUGCGGCUGAGAGUUGGAUUGAUCAUUCAGGUAAUGGCUAUAGAGUUAUCAAGAGCUUUAAUGUGCUCAGGAGAACAAGCUUCCGAACAUCUGCUCAAUUUAUCUCCGUUUGAAAUGAAGAACUUACUUCAUCACAUCAUGAGUGGAAAAGAAUUCUCCAUCUCAAAUUUGGGUCAUGGAAAUUUUUCUAUAAUCAGUUCGAAAUCUGGCAAAGUCAGUAAGAAAUCCCAAAUAGGCAGUUUUUUGGCUACUAUUGACGAGAAUACAGAAAGAGAGAGACAAGGCCAGUGGUUGCGUAGAAGGAGACUAGAUGGCUCUCUCAACCGGGUUCCUGUUGAUCUUUACCCAAGGGUUUGGACUGUGCUAGAAAGGUGUGAAGGAUUGGCAAUUGAAGGACAUUUACUUCAUAGGAAUCUGACUCAAGAGAUGACUUCUGGUGAAUUGAAAUUCGCAUUGGCUGUGGAGACGGUUCUUAAUAAAAUACCACACCCAGAGUAUCGCCAGUUGUUAGUUGAAGCGCUGAUGGUACUCACAUUAAUCGUUGAACAUAAUGCUACUCCUUCAUUAGGUGGAAUCAUAGCUGUCGAAAAUUUAGUUCAUAAGGCUAACCAAAUAUUUCUUGAAGAUCAGAGGAAAAUUGAAGGAGAUGCAACUCUAUGUUGUGCGAGAGGCGGUAUGAGUGGAGGAGGUCUGGUCUGUGGUGGUGCCGCAUUCAUCUGUCAACACUUCUAUGACAGCGCUCCGAGUGGAAGCCAUGGAACCAUUACUUAUAUUAUGAAAGCUGUUAUUUCUUUAUUAGACUGUUUCCCUCAGGAUGGUGAAGUAGAAUGUAUUACUUCAUAAACAAAACUUAUUGACACUUAAAAGUCGUAAGUGCACUACUUGAUCUAAUUGUGCCUUCUUACCUGUACAUAUACUUUCACCGAAAUAUUCUUAUAUUUUAGUCAGAAUCAUUAUGCAUCAAAUCAAAACUAAAAUUAUUUCAUAUCAAUGGUUCAGUUCAAAACUGAGACAACUCAAAAAUCAAUGGUUUUCCCUUUUCUUCUGAUACCUAUCACCUGUAA